UAAUUUGACUAUGAAACAAUGUGAAAUGGCUAUUACUAUCCCUCUGGUUUUUGUAAAUUAUGAUUUUUUGUUUAAAAGGAGGCCGGCCGCUAACCCAUCUCCUGGAAGGCUCGGGUUAGCCCAUCUUGAGACGGGCUUUCCCAGCCAGCCCGCUAGGAUAGCAACCCGGCAUUGCCUACUCCAUCUGCAGAGAUAGUGUAGUUGGAAGUAAACACUAUCUUUUCUCUGCUUUGUGGAUUUUGCCAAAUUGUUGAAUCAGGUUGACCUACUUGAUCUUUAUUUUCCAGCUUGUUGGUCGGUUUGCUGAAAUUUGCUAACAUCCUCUUCUUCUUCGCGGGUUGGCUGAAAUAUGUAGUUUUAAUCGAUGAGUAGUAAAUUAGGCACACUAAUAAGACGAUUUUACUCUCCAUCUCUCUGGUUGUACAGUCUGUAAUGCCCUUUGGUAACUUCUUGGGACUUUUGAUGGCCUUUGGGAUUGACCUUUUUCAAUGGUGAUGCAUUCUCCUUACCAUCUGAUGCGAAAUGAUUACUGGAGAGUCAUAUCCUGCAAAAAGGACUAUUCUUCAAUCUCUAUACAUAUGGGAUACUCUUCAAAAUUUGGGAUGUCUUUCUUAUUAUUUAAGUGAGUAAUUUGACCCCUUGGCAUGUGUAAUUAUUCUCGACUGUGACUGCAUCAUUGUUAUGAAGGUGAAAUGCUGGAUUCUACGUAAGAUUGAAGAGACUCUCGCCCCAUUGUGCACUCACUGAAUGCAACUCAGCAUCGUUUAGGUUUCUGGAAGAGAAUGGCCACUCUUGCAACAAAUACGUGCUCCUUUCUAAGUACCCAUACAAUUAAAGGAGUCGAAAGAUUGGAGAGUACGAGUACUUAAUAUAUAUAACCGAUCACACUUUUUCGGGGUUCACAUUUCUUUUCAAAUGGAACAUCUGUUAAUAGUGUGUGAACUACUUAAAGCCAACUUAUAUGAGUUUCAUAAAUAUAAUAGAGAAUCAGGGGGCGAAGUAUACUUCACAAUGCCAAGAUUGCAGUCAAUUACAAUUCAGUGUUUGGAAGCGCUUCAGUUUUUGCACAGCCUUGGACUAAUACAUUGUGACCUGAAGCCAGAAAAUAUUUUGGUGAAAAGCUAUAGUAGAUGUGAGGUUAAGGUCAUUGAUCUUGGGAGUAGUUGUUAUGAGACUGAUCACCUUUGCUCAUACGUCCAGUCCAGGUCCUAUCGUGCUCCUGAGGUUAUAUUGGGACUUCCAUAUGACAAGAAGAUUGAUAUAUGGUCACUUGGCUGCAUUUUGGCAGAACUUUGCACUGGCAAUGUCCUCUUUCAAAACGAUUCACCUGCAACAUUACUUGCUCGGGUGAUUGGCAUCAUUGGUCUAAUUGAUCAAAGUAUGCUCACCAAAGGAAGGGAUACAUAUAAGUACUUCACCAAAAAUCAUAUGCUUUAUGAAGGAAUCAGGUUAGAAUUGCAUUUUCAGUUUACAUUGUAAACAAAAUGGACCGCCAGCAGUCUGUAAGCUUAUCUUAUUUU